GAAAAAUAUCGUCCACCUGAGCAGCAGGAGGGGUCCUCCAGUAUGAAGCAGAAGAAGUCACAGUACCUCCACGUGAAAGAAGAGGAGCCACAGCCCCACUACUUUAAAGUGGAGGAAAAACAGCGGCUGUCCCCCCACUUCAUAAAGGAAGACAAGAGACACCUGAUCAGUGUGACGAGUGAAGAUGAUGAGGUCAAAGGUGAGUGUGUGGAGAAGAGAGAGGCGGAGCCUCCAAGCAGCAGUUUAGCAGAAGCUGAUGGAGACCACUGUGGAGGAUCACAAGCAGACAAGCUCUUAGCUCCACUAUCAGAUAGUGAGGACACAACGUCACACUCUCCUGACACUGAUGAUGAAGACUCUAAAGAUGAUAAGACAUGUCACACUGACAACACUCACUUCACAUGUUCUACCUGUCACAAAACUUAUAAAUAUCUUAGCUAUUUGAAAAGACACAUGAGAACACACACUGGAGAGAAACCUUUUUCAUGUUCAAUCUGUGGUACAGAUUUUACUCGAAGGCAAACUUUGAAAACACACAUGAGAAUACACACUGGAGAAAAACCUUUUUCCUGCUUAGAAUGUGGCAAAAGUUUUCAAACAAAUCAAAGGUUAAAAAUACACAUGAGAAUACACACAGGAGAAAAACCUUUUUCCUGCUCAGAAUGUGGUAAAAGUUUUCUUGUAAAUCAAAGAUUAAAAGUACACAUGAGAACACACACUGGUGAAAAACCUUUUAUAUGUUCAGUAUGUGGCAAAAGUUAUAUGGAAAGACAGCGAUUAAAAGUACACGAGAGAACGCACUCUGGUGAAAAACCAUACUCCUGUUCAAUUUGCAACAGAAGCUUUCAUGAACGACAAGCUUGUACAGUACACAUGAGAAGACACCCAGGAGAGAAAGUGUUGAGUUGCAGUGUGUGUGGUGAAAGAUUGUCUUCUAAGUACCAGUGUAAGAAACACAAGUGUGCUGGUGAGAACAGCAGCAGCAAAUGAAACUGCAGGAUUUGAAAUAAACUGUCCAGACUUUCAUUUUGACUUUCUAACAACAUCAGCACAUAUAACAUGUGUGACAUCAUUGUUGUGUGUGUAACACAAUCUUGUUAAUAUGAUUCUAACAUUUAUAGAUUAAACACUUCAGAUUAGUGUGUUUAUUUCAGUCAAGUACAAACCCCGGUUCAAUAUGAGUUGGGAAAUUGUGUUGGAUGUAAAUAUAAACGGAAUACAAUGAUUUGCAAAUCAUUUUCAACCCAUAUUCAGUUGAAUAUGCUACAAAGACAACAUAUUUGAUGUACAAACUGAUAAACUUUUUUUUUUUGCAAAUAAUCAUUAACUUUAGAAUUUCUUGCCGGCAUCACAUGAAAAAAGAAGUUGAGAAAGGUGGCAAUAACUACUGAUAAAGUUGAGGAAUGCUCAUCAAACACUUAUAUGGAACAUCCCACAGGUGUGCAGGCUAAUUGGGAACAGGUGGGUGGCAUGAUUGAGUAUAAAAGCAGCUUCCAUGAAGUGCUAAGUAAUUCACAAACAAGGAUGGGGUGAGGGUCACCAAUAUGUAAGCAAAUUGUCGAACAGUUUUAGAACAACUUUUCUCAACAAGCUAUUGCAAGGAAUUUAGGGAUUUUACCAUCUACGGUCCGUAAAAUCAUCAAAAAGUUCAGAGAAUCAGUAGAAAUCACUGCACGUAAGCGAUGAUAUUACAGACUUUUGAUCCCUCAGGCGGUACUGCAUCAAAAACCGACAUCAGUGUGUAAAGGAUAUCACCACAUGGGCUCAGGAACCCUUCAGAAAACCACUGUCAGUAACUAGAGUUGGUUGCUACAUCUGUAAGUGCAAGUUAAAACUCUACUAUGCAAAGCCAAACCCAUUUAUCAACAAUAUCCUAAAACGCCGCCGGUUUGGCUGGGCCCGAGCUCACCUAAGAUGGACUAAUACAAAGUGGAAAGGUGUUCUGUGGUCUGACGAGUCCACAUUUCAAAUUAUAUUUGGAAACAGAGGACGCAGUGUCCUCCAGA